UUUUAUUUUAAUUGAGUUGUAUAAAUUAAUUUCGAUUAAAAUGUCGUUUAACCAAUCGACAAGUAGAGAGAAGUACCGAGUCUGAGUCAGACAUUGAGAACCAGCUGAACUUCUCUCUGUUUGCCAUGACCGAAGAUGAAGCUCCGAGUCCUCCUUCUUUUUUGGAGGUGAAAUGCAAUAGCUCGGGCAAGACGAGGCGGUUUGCAGUAGGGACGGAGGCAGGUUUCGCAGUUUCAGUCAUAAAUAGGAAGUUGGGCAUGGGAAUGAGACUCCCUCUUGCUCUACACAUCGAAGCCACCAGAGAAGGCCACGAACCCAUUACUUUUGGACCCAAUUCGACUCUCGUCAACUUUGGUGAUUGUUGGAUCUUACAGACUGUUACUGAUCUUGAUUUUUCUGGUAUAGGACAUUUGGAAAAUGUUGGGCGGCCAGAGAGGAAUCCAGUCCCCAAAGUUCAUGACUUCUCACGUCUUAUAAAAGUGACGAACACAAAACCAGCUAUCAGUUUUGUGUACUUUGGAAAAAUAGUAUUUGCUUUCACUCUGCUAUUUGUUAUUGGUGCAAUUUUCACGUUGGCACUUGAGUAUCUUCCUGUAUUCAUAUCAUUUGUUAAUUCCUCCAUCUAAAUUAUAAGUUCCUUCUUUUGACACAAGUGUGUAUCCAUCCCUCCUUUACUUUAGCUUAAAAAUGAAAAAAUGAAGAUUGCUUGGA